CUUUUAGGUCACCCUAAUCUUAUCACAAAGAAUGUAGAAAUGCAAUCUUAACAUUUUUUUCUCAAACGAAAAAACAUAUUAUGUCUUAGAAUAAGGAUCGGAGGGAGUAAUAGUUUUGGAUUACGCCUAAAGGAGACUGAAUUAACAUUUUUUAAAGUACUAGAGGGGUCAAAAUAGAAAUUUGUCUAAAAUCAGUGUCCAUCAACAACAGUAUCGUAGAGAAAUCUCAAUAAAACCUUCAGCGCUAAGGUGUUGAAUCAGGAUUUCGUUGUCAAAUGCCUGAAUGGAGAACGAAUACAAUUGAUCGAAAAUUUCUAAGAUUAUAAACUUCAAGAACUUCCAUAAAACGCUUCAGCCAUUUGAUUGAUCAAAUCGGAGCGAAGAAAUAGUUUCGCCUUGAAAAGUCGAACAAAUCGAGCUACAACUCAGAAUAAUCAGUGAAAGGAUUAUUUUCAGAUCGCGGAGCGAAUGAGCACUCCACCACUCUCCGGCGGCGGCAUGUUGACUGGGGGAUUCACUAGAUUGUGCAAGGGGCUGGCCGUUGUACUCGUUGGUGGUCACAUUGUUGUUCAGAUCAUUCCUCCCGCUGCUUCUUAUCUCGCUCUAAUUCCUGCCAAGACAAUUCCAUUUGCUUGGAACCUUAUCACGGCUGGUUACAUUGAGCAAACUAUUUAUGGAGUAGUCAUCAGCAUAAUUGGUCUGCUUUUCCUUGGGAAACUGCUUGAGCCAAUCUGGGGUCCUCGCGAGUUUUUGAAGUUCAUAUUUGUGGUUAACUUUUUGACUUCUGUCUGUGUUUUCAUAACAGCCAUCUCCUUGUACUAUGUUACAAUGGAGGAGAAAUACCUUUAUAUGCCUGUUUCUGGCUUCCAAGGGGUGCUUUCAGGAUUCCUUGUUGGCAUUAAGCAGAUUUUACCUGACCAAGAGCUUCCUCUGGUGAAACUAAAAACAAAAUUGUUGCCUUCUCUUCUGUUACUGGUUUCUAUUGCUGCAAGCUUUUUCACGGCAGAUUCAGCAUCUUACCUUCCAACCUUAGUGUUUGGCACUUAUAUUGGGUGGAUUUACCUCAGAUACUGGCAAAGUAAAUCCGAAACAAAGCUGAGGGGUGAUCCCAGUGAUGAAUUUGCCUUUUCCACGUUCUUCCCUGAAUUCUUAAGACCUGUAAUUGACCCCGUUGCUACAAUAUUUGAACGAAUGCUCUGUGGAAGGAGAUCUGGAGCUUCAAAUGAGGCCUCGGGCUAUACCAUGGGAGAUGAUCCGCUACUUGGUUCUGAUCCGAUUGAGGCUUCAAGGAGGAGGUAAUCCCUUAGCUAUUUUCUCUGAUCAACCCAGAAAUCUUCGGUCUGGGAAGCAUUAGUGCCGACAUAUUGAGGAAAAACAUUGAGCAGACUGUAGCCCUUAUUUAUGUAGCACAAAAUUUCCAAUGCUCUUGGAUUCCAAACUUCUCUCUUUGUUUCAAGUGAUUUUGCUUAAGUCGUUAAAAAUGAAUAACUUCUGAAAUUUAACUACUAAUAACUAAUAGAUUAAACGAAACUGACCAAAAUUUGAAAUGAGAAGCUGAUUGACUGAUUUGUGAUUCCACCUGUCGCGAGAUACCAUGAUGACCCAAGACCCCGUUUAUCUAUCAGAAUAAUAUUUGCUUUUUAAGAGUACAAUAGUUGGUUUUGGCUGGCGGAUCAGUGAUUGCAUUACACCAAGUUAUACCGGAUUUCUUAUACUAAUUUGCAGGGAACGGGGAGCUCGAGCACUUGAAGAAAGAUUAGCAGCAGAGAGGCUUGUUGCUGUCGGGAGGUCGGAAGAAGCACCAAGGGAUGCUUCUGAUAAUGUCUAAAUCCUGUUAAAACUCGAAUACCAAAAAUACUCUUUAGCAAGUUUGCGCACAAUUGUAGCUAUGGGAAUUCACUGUUGUUGGGCGCUGGACUCUUUUUGAUACUUGAAUACAAGUUUUGUCUUCUGAUCUUUGAUUGUUAUAGUAAAUUAACUUCAUUUAUCUUGCACACCUUUAGUCUAAAAUGGUUAGGAACUUUCUGUCUUGCACACGUAACUUACGUGGACAUCAGCAAUCAGGUUUUCAAUAGUGCCAUGCUUUGCAGGGUUUUUACUAGAUUCUAAUGAAACUCCGACUUAGUUGAAGGAUUCACAAUCUACGAUGAUUUGGAUAUUGAUCCAAGAGGAAUUGUUUGUAGAAGUACAAAAUAUGUUUUGUCUCGCUCUUUCUUUUCUCAAGAACUCACUAUUUUCUGUCUGC